CCUCCGGCUUCCGGCUCGCGUGUGAGGGUGUCCGACCCGAGCCCGGGAGGGGCCUUCGGGCGGGGCGACCCUGGGGCGCGCGUCCCGCCGCCAUGGAGCAGGACGACCCGGGCGAGGCGCUGUCGGAGCUGCGCGAGCGGCGGCUGGGCGCGCUGGAGCUGCUGCAGGCGGCGGCGGGCUCAGGCCUGGCCGCCUACAUCGCGUGGGCGCUGCUGCUGCAGCCUGGCUUCCGCCGCGUGCCGCUGCGGCUGCAGGUGCCCUAUGUCGGUGCAAGUGAGCGGCAGGUGGAGCACGUGUUGUCGCUAUUGCGAGGCCGUCCUGGAAAGACGGUGGACCUGGGCUCUGGCGACGGCAGGAUUGUGCUGGCUGCUCAUAAGUGCGGUCUCCGCCCGGCUGUGGGCUACGAGCUGAACCCGUGGCUAGUGGGGCUGGCCCGGCUGCACGCGUGGAGAGCAGGCUGUGCCGGCAGUGUUUGCUACCUGCGUGAGGACCUCUGGAAGGUGAGCCUGAGGGACUGCCACAACGUGUCUGUGUUCCUGGCCCCUAGCGUGCUCCCCCUGCUGGAAGACAAGCUGCGGGCAGAGUUGCCCGCAGGGGCCCGAGUGGUGUCGGGCCGCUUCCCCCUCCCCACUUGGCAGCCUGUGGCUGUGAUGGGGGAGGGUCUGGACCGUGUCUGGGCCUAUGAUGUCCAUAGUGGUGGGCCAAACGGUCAGGCUUCCCCAGAACCCAGUUCUGCCUCAGUCCCUGGGGCCCCCCGUUCUCAGGUUGGCUGACCACUUGGACACAAUAAAGACUCUGGACUACA